AUGGAGGCAAAUUUCACUCUAAGAACCGAGAAGAAAUUGGUUCCAUUUCUGGGGAUAGCAUCGGAUAAAAGAAUGCAGGGACUCUUCAAGUACAAAGAGGAGAAAUUGUGGAGUGUGGCAUGCCUAAUGCUAGGAGAGGAGGUGUCGCACAUCCAUUUUCGAUACUGGAUGAAUAUGGAGGUGUACUCCCUAAUUAUGGCCUGGGCAUGCGAAUUCGAACCAGAGGAGGGAGAUGUUGAGGAGGAGAUAUUGCCUUUUGUCCGAGGGCCGGAAAACUGCAUUAAGGAGCAAUGCCAUGAGCGAACUCGCAUUGGCUGGGAAACCAUGAAGCUUUGUGUCAAGCUAAUCAGAACAGAUGAAGUAUUGAAGGCCCUCAAGGUGGUGGCGCAUAUGGAGAUUGUUAAUCAUGGAAUUUCUGAGUCUCUUAUUGCUCGAGUACAAGCUGUGGGGAAGGCCUUCUUUGAGCUUCCUAUUGAAGAAAAGGAAUUGUAUAAAAGGGAAGGAGGAGGGAACAAUGCUGGGUAUGGCAGCAAAGUAGGAAUUUCAGCUGAUGCGAAAUUAGACUGGAGGGAUUCCUAUUAUAAUAUUGUGUGGCCUGUUUCGCAGAGAGUCAUGAGCAAGUGGCCCAAACAACCUUCUGAUUUCACGGAAGUGAUGGAUGAAUACAGCAAAAAGAUUUGCAAAUUGUGGGAAGUUCUGAUGCAGGCACUAUGUGACGGCCUUGGAUUGGCUAAUGAAAAUGCUCUUGAUGAGGCAUUGGGUGGAGAGAGGAAGGAGAUUCACUUCACCAUAAACUACUACCCUCCCUGCCCUCAGCCAGAACAGGUGUUGGGCAUCUCAGCUCACUCUGAUGUGGAUGCACUCACAAUUCUCCUUCAGGACCAAACCCCAGGCCUGCAAAUUCUCAAGGGCGAUGUAUGGCUUGAAGUUCCCUGCAUCCCAGGUGCUCUUGUUGUCAAUAUUGGUGAUCAAAUUGAGGUCAACACUCUCAUAUUAUCUCUAGACAUAGAUAUUUGCAAAUACAAAUUCUUAAUUUAG